GGCUGGAUGUGAUAGUACACUUCGCCGGAAGUUGGAGAGCGUUGGUUCACUCGGCUACAGACUGUUACUAUGGAUCAGCCUGGCUCUGGAAAAGGAUCUCAGCCCAAAGGUCCUAGCCUACAUAUGUCAACUGAAUUGCAGAAAGGGGAGCCUACUCUCUCAAAGAAAGCGGCUUCAGCUACGGACCCAGUAGCGUCUGCAGACCCUCAGCCUUCAGGAGCCCCACAAUUGGAUGCUCUGGUCUCCAUCAUCAAGCAAGCUGUAGUACAAGGCAUGCAAGAGGCUACUGCUUCUACCUCUGGGGUACAGAGGAAAGCUAAGAGGGUCAGAGAUUUGCCAUAUGAGUCUCUAUCGGAUGUGUCAGAUGAAGAAUUGUAUUCUCCAGGGGACGCACAUUCAGAACUCUCAGAGGAGGGAGAAGUGUUUUCUGAGGAAGAGAUUGCAUUUGAUCCUACAGCGAUAGAGAAUCUGGUAAAGGCAGUAAGGAAGACGCUAUGUCUUUCGGAAGAGCUACCUAAGUCUAGUUCAGCAGAUAAAUUCUUCCCAUCGGUCAGGAAAAGACAGGUGACUUUCCCGGUGCAUGAUUCAAUUAAGGAAAUCAUCAGCUCUGAAUGGAAGAGAACAGAGAAAAAGUUUGUUAUCCAGGGGAAGUUUGCAAAAAAGUAUCCGGUGGAGGAGUCUUUCUCUAAAUUGUGGGACAAUCCGCCUAAAGUCGACGCUGCGGUGGUAAGGUUGGCAAGAAAGACGACGCUGCCAGUGGAUGAUGCAGCAGCUUUCCGUGAUCCAAUGGAGAAACGGAUCGAAACCAACCUCAAGAAGACGUUUAUAGCGGCAGGAGCAACUUGUAGACCGGCAGUAGCUAUGACCUCCACAUCAAGAGCUAUGAAGGUGUGGUUGAAUAACCUGGAAGAUGCCAUUUCUUCUAAUGUCAAAAGGUCUGGGUUACGUGAAAUGUUGUCUGAAUUGAAACUAGCGGUGGAUUUCAUGACAGAUACCUCUCUAGAUCUGGUACAUCUAGCUUCAAGAACUAUGGCACUUUCGGUGUCCUCAAGAAGGGCUUUGUGGUUGAAGCCAUGGCUGGCGGAUUCAGCCUCUAAGGGGAAUUUAUGUCAGUUGCCGUUUGAGGGAGAGAUGCUCUUCGGUGAGAAACUCGAUUCCAUCAUUAAGAAAGCUUCCGGGGGCAAGAGUGUAUUUUUGCCGCAGGAGAAGAGAUUCAGGCGUCAAGGGGGGAGGCCUAGUUCCCCCAUUAACAGGUCCUUUCGGGGUUCAAGACAGCCUAGAUAUGGAAGGACUGCCGGAAGACAGACGAAUUGGAAGCCCACAAGGGGGGAAAGUAGGCCUCCCAAUAGGAGAAGUUCUACUUUCAGCUCAAGCCAUACGGAGAAGAAGCAAUGAGAUCAGGCCGGCUCAGACCAGCAGAGUGGGGGCACGUCUAACAUCCGUUUAUGCUGUCUG